AUGGCUUGUUCUUUUAUAUUGAUUUAUAUCUAUCACAGUUUACCUCUUUCCGAUCGUCCAAAUAUCCUCAUCACUUCUGCCUUGCCUUAUGUCAAUAACGCUCCUCAUCUUGGUAACAUCAUUGGGUCUACUUUAUCGGCUGAUGUAUAUGCAAGAUAUCGUAGAACUGGACCUAUCCCAUCACAAGUACUCUAUAUUUGUGGAACAGAUGAAUAUGGAACAACUACAGAGACAAAAGCCUUGGAAGAAGGACUUAGCCCAGGAGCCUUGUGUGAUAAAUACCAUCAAGUCCAUAAAGAUAGUUAUGAAUGGUUCGAUAUAUCAUUUGAUCAUUUCGGGAGGACCACUACUCCUAAACAAACUGAGAUUUGCCAAGAGAUCUUUACUGCGCUCUAUAACAAUGAUCACUUGGUUGAACACACAGUCGAACAAGUUUAUUGUAACAACGACCAAAGAUUUUUGGCAGACCGUUUUGUGGAGGGCACAUGUCCCAAAUGUGGAGCAUCGGGCGCUCGAGGUGACCAAUGUGACACUUGUUGUCAAACAUUAGACGCCAUCGACUUGAUCGACAAGAAGUGCAAGAUUUGUUCUCAUAGUCCUGUCACUCGAAAAUCCAAGCAUCUCUACCUCAACUUACCCAAGCUUCAAAAAACCAUUGAAAGUUGGUAUUCAAGUGCCAAGGAAGGAAAACAUUGGUCUGCGAAUGGGAAAGCUUUUACCGAGGCAUGGCUCAGGGAUGGGUUAAGAGAACGGUGUUUGACUAGGGAUCUCAAAUGGGGAGUGCCUGUGCCAUUAGAUGGUUGGAAGGACAAGGUGAUGUACGUCUGGUUUGAUGCGCCGAUCGGAUAUCCCAGUAUUACUGCCAAUUAUACGGAUGAUUGGAAAAAGUGGUGGAAGAACCCAGAAGAAGUGACCUUGUAUCAAUUCAUGGGAAAAGAUAACGUACCGUUUCACACCAUCCUUUUCCCUGCGUAUCUGAUGGGGACUGGUGAAAAGUGGACCAUGUUGAAUCAUAUCAGCACAACCGAGUACCUUCAGUAUGAAAAUGCCAAGUUUUCGAAAUCUAACAACAUCGGUGUCUUUGGACAAAACGCUCGUGAAACCGGUGUACCCUCCGAAGUAUGGCGUUAUUACCUAAUCUCAACUCGACCUGAGACCAAUGAUUCACAAUUCACUUGGACAGAUUUCAUUGCCAAGGCGAAUUCAGAGUUAUUGAACAAUUUGGGUAACUUUGUGAAUCGGAUCAUCAAAUUCUGUAAUGCUCGAUUCAAUUCGAUCGUUCCAGAUCCAUUAUCAUGGCCUAUACCUGGACGUGAUGAAUUUGAUCAACUUGAUCAAGAAUUCGUUCGAGAUAUCGAUAAUCUUUUAAAUCAAUACAUUGAAUCUGCUGAAUCUCUCAAACUUCGAAAUGCUCUAGCGAUUGUGAUGUUGAUUUCAGCUAGAGGUAAUCAAUAUUUACAAGAUAAUAAGAUUGAUUAUAAUCUCUUACUCACUUCACCACGUCGAUGUGCUCAAAUCGUCUUGGUUAGCAUGAAUUUGGUUUACUUACUUUCGGUCUUGGUCCACCCUUUUAUGCCCACCACGAGUGACUUGAUUUUGAAACAACUUAACGCACCUCAACGAAGUUUACCCCUUACGUUUGGAAUCGAUCUCUUACCUGGACAUAUGAUUGGUGAAGCAGUUUAUCUCUUUAGAAAGAUUGACGCCGAUCGAGGUUCGUUUUGGAGAAAACAGUAUGGAGGCAACAAAGUGACUAGCAAUCCGAGCGGAAGUCCAGCCCCUUCAAAGAAAAGUCAAAAGAAAGCCAACAAAUCGAAAACUAAUCAAACUACUGUCACUUAUACUGGACCUAAACCUGAUGAAAUGAUCAAGUUGGAAGAAAAGAUUCAACAACAAGGUGAUGAAGUACGUAAGAUGAAAGCAGGAGAAAGCGAAGGAGAUUUAGGAAACGAGUUAUCUAAAUUGAUGGAACUCAAGAAUCAAUUGAAUGAAAUGAUCAAUAGUCUAAAUGCAACGAGUUUGAAUUGAAUUGGAUUGAAGAACGAUCAAGUUGAUUGAUCUUUUGAUUGGAUUUGUAAUUUGAAAAGCUAUGAAGACUAGUACCGAUUUCAAUUUUGUGGAAAUAUGGAUUCAAUUUUUUUUCAUUUGGUAUCAUGAAUUUGUUUGUUUAUUUGUGAUUGAAAUGACACUAUAAAUGUUUGUCUAACCAGUUUUGAUCUGGUAUCAAUCUUGACAACUUUUUGUUCGUUGAUAAGAGUUAGUGCGAAAGUCAUUGAGCCAACCAAGUGUCAAUCCAUGUUGACUUCUUCGUCUACAUUAUUAAAGGCCUCUGCGUAAUCCAUCUUGUACUUUUUGUUGUCAGCUGUC